UUUCAUUAUUUGGGUUACUUUUGUGGAGAUUGUUGAAUGUUUUGUUAGUUUCAGAAUAAUUGGAUGAUCACUUGAUGGAUUUAUAUGCUUGACUGUCGAGAAUUCCUCUGCUGUUCAGAUGCAUCCGGUCUCUGAUGCAAAAUGUGGGGACUCAGAUUAUUCCACCUUAACACGAGGAUGCGCACAAGCAUUCAUCCAACACUUGCGUUUGGGUUGACCCUGAACUUAGAACUCACACUUGAAGCCAAUAAACCAUGUUUUGAAGAUGAAAAUAGUUCUGUGAGUGGACCUUCAAACUUAUUUCGGAAUUUGCAUGAGAUAACAGUUUCAACGCUAGACAAGCCAAAACUCCUUAGUCAGUUGACUUUCUUACUUUCUAAGAGUGGGCUGAACAUUCAAGAAGCUCAUGCCUUUUCGACCACCGAUGGCUACUCUCUAGAUGUCUUUGUUGUAGAUGGCUGGGUGCAUGAGGAAACAGAUCAGCUAAAAAAUUCUCUGGUAGCUGAAAUUCGAGAGGUUGAGAACCUGUCUAUGUCAAGACACAAUCUUAUAUCUCCUCACGUGAAUUUUGACAACCUUAAUAUUGGAAAUCUUAAGUCCAACACUGAGGCCAUCCCUGAUGCAACCGACGUCUGGGAAAUCGACCCCAAACUACUGCGUUUUGAACGAAAGAUUUCAACGGGGGAUGUAUAUAAAGGUUCAUUUCGUAGUCAGGAUGUGGCUAUCAAGGUUCUCAGUGCUGAGUUGAUAAAUGAAGAUACACUGAAAGAUUUUGGACAAGAAGUCUACAUUUUGAGAAAAGUUCGUCACAAAAAUGUUGUGCAGUUUAUUGGUGCAUGUACAAGACCUCCGCUAUUGUGCAUUGUGACAGAAUACAUGCCCGGUGGAAGUGUGCAUGAUUUCUUGCGUAAACAGAAGGGAGUUUUCAACCUUCAGGGUAUGUUAAAAGUGGCAAUUGAUGUUUCAAAGGGGAUGAGCUAUGUGCAUGGAAAUAAGAUAAUUCACAGAGACCUUAAGACUGCCAAUCUUUUAUUGGAUGAAAAUAUGGUUGUGAAGAUAGCUGAUUUUGGUAUAGCUAGACUGCAAGUAGAAUCUGGAGUUAUGACAGCUGAAACCGGAACUUAUCGAUGGAUGGCCCCAGAGGUUAUUGGCCAUCAACCAUAUGACCAUAAGGUUGAUGUUUUCAGCUUUGGGAUUUUAAUGUGGGAACUACUUACUGGAAAGCUCCCAUAUGAACACUUAACUCCCUUACAAGCUGCAGUUGGUGUUGCCCAAAAGGGUUUGCGGCCCAUAGUCCCAGUGAGUACUCAUCCAUUGGUAGCAGAUUUGAUCAAGAGAUGUUGGGACGAAGAUCCUUCCUUGAGGCCCGAGUUUUCUGAGAUCACUAAAGACUUGCAAAACAUUUUGAAUAUGGUUGAAGAACAAGAGGAGGAGAGCGAAAAGAAGAAAUCUCGGAGAAGCCCAUCAGAUACAUGACGACAGAUCAUGCCAAGGAGAUGAAAAGUUCUAAGAACAUUGUAAGAGAUUUUCAUAUUGGGAGUUUCUCUAAUUUUUUCCAAAAGUUCUGUGAAGAUUAAAGUUUCAAGAUCUCUAAAGGUCUUGUCUUGGCUUGUAGUUCUCAUUUCUUUGGGACAAAUGUUGUGUAUAGCAUUAGUGUAUGCCAAUGCCAUCUUCUGAAAAGAGUUGAAGGACGCCAUUUGGAGCAUAUUUAUAACUCUGUAAUGAUGUAAGUUUGUAAUGUUAUCUCAGGUGUAAAAUUCCUUGAGCUGUGUUUAUUCCGGCUAUCCCUAUUUA